AUGUGGAUUCCGCAAGAAGAUCAAGUUCAAAUCUUAACAUGGAUGUUUAUAAUUCUCACUACAUUAUGUCUAACAAUUCCGUCGGCAUUUGCAGCUCAUUACCAUGCCGAUUAUAAGUCAUUUAGUGAACUCCAAGAAGCCAGAAGAACGCAAAUAAUAUUUUUUUGGUUAUCUUGUUCGUUUAUUUGGAUUUUAAUUAUGUAUUAUGGUAGAGCCGUAGUAACUUUAACGAAAGAGAGUCUAAGAUUAACAGUUGUUGAGGAUGAUCAAUGGAUAAAAAAAGUAAAAGAAAAAUUACGUAACAAAAAAAGGUUAAAAGCAAAUAUCAAGAAGAUGGAAGCUUACAAUUGGGUGUGUGGAAUUGUUUUUUUGUUCUGGUCGAUUGUACUUAUUCCUCCAAUGAUAAAUUACGAAUUAAUGAAGCAAGAUAUUGUCGCAAAGAUUUACUCUUUCUUUUCCACUGAUGCAACACCCAUUCUUUUUGGAUUUUUGAUAUACACAAUUAUUAAAGAAAAUGCAAUAGACGAUCCAACUAGCACGGACUGCGACGAACAACUUGACACAUGGAUUCAAAGCCUUCAAAGUGGAAACGAAAACACUGUGUUACUAUUAAAUAAUAAUAAUCUAAAACAUGACAGCAUAUAUACAGGUAAUUCAUUUUGUGGCUCAAAUAUUCAUGAAAUAAAUAGUUUCAAUUCACGGUCAGGAACUGAGGAAUACAAAGACAUUAAUACAGGUCAUGCUAUAAUUGAUUCUAAUCAAGAUAAUUUGGCGGGAACUGAUGAACAACAAGACACUAAUACCAGUAAUAAUAUAAUUGAUUCUAAUCAAGAUAAUUUAGCAGGAACUGAUGAACAACAAGACACUAAUACCA